AUGCCUCACAGCGUGAGAGAUGACAAAGCUUCUGGGGACCACAGUCAAAGUCGACACCAGGUCACUCCCCCUCCGUCCAGUCAAUCUGGGUCCUCCUCACAGGAGGAAUCGCCCAUGCUGAAGGCUUGGGAAGCCGAGCAUAACCCCAGCAACCUCACCAUCACCGAAACGCUUUUCCAGAGCGGGUUGACGAGUGCCCGCACUGGGGCUUGA